AUUUUUAUAUUUUUAUCAGACAUCCGUGGUUAGCUCUCUGUUGUCUAAAAAUUUAUAGAAAAAUUUGGCUCGGUGAAAUGGCGUCUUCACACGGAAAACAUACGCCCAAAGACACUCAAAUCAUUGUGUCGAUUAUGAAAGAUUUAGGUAUCGUUGAAUACGAACCGCAAGUUUUAAACCAUCUCUUGGAGUUUAACCACAGGUACACAACGCUACUGUUGGACGACGCUAAGACAUUUUCAAACUUUGCGAAAAAGAAGAAUGUUGAUGCAGACGAUGUGAAAAUUGCAAUACAAUUGGCACAAGACGGAAUAUUUUGUCGACCUCCUCCGCGCGAUAUGUUAAUGACAGCAAGUCGUGAAGUAAACAAAAUACCAUUACCUCCAGUAAGGCCUGCUAGUGGACUGCGAAUUCCUCAGGAUCGUUCAACUUUCUUACAAACAAACUACAGGCUUAAGAACGAUUUGUAUUCUGAAGGAAACAUGCGUAAAGACACUAAAACAACAGCUGCAGAAAUGUUGGAGGCAUCUAGAAAACUACAAACUGAAGACAAUCCCUUUCAGAAAUCUAUUCAAAUGAUGGACAAUUCAAUGGAGUUUGAUUUGCAAGAAAUAAUUGAAAAUCAUCAAAGCAGUCAAGAAAGCAUUGGAGAAAAUGAAAAAGAUGAAUUUACUACGUACUCUGAUAUCGACCUUGAUGAUAUUGUUUAAAAACUACUUGAUAUGUAUUUUAUCAGGGAUAACAUAGGUAAUUAAAAUACUAUAAAAUAGUAUCAUCACUCUUUUAUUCAAUAUUAUACUUUAAAAUUUUCUUUAGUCUACUGUUAAAAGUCUUAAGACAUUGACUACCAUGUGACUGCCGGCUGUCACCUGUAAUUCUCAAAUUUAUAUUAUUUUCCGACUGCUGUGUCGCAUUACUACCACUUCACGUCAUGAUAUCCGGUGACCAUAAAUUAA